CUAUGUACUAAAAAAUUCGAAAAAAAUCAUUCUGCACUCUUUCCCCUUUGGACCAUUUUGCUUUGUGGGUCUCCUCUCUCUCUCUCUUUCUCUCUCUCUUUGGAGCGUUGAUUAUCAAUUGGCAAAAAAGAAAUGAUUUUUUUGGGUUUCCCAGAAGCGUAUUUCAUUUCACUGGUGUCCCGGCGGGAGAGAAGGAAGUGAAAGAGUAGAAGAAAACAAUUCCUCUGCUUCUACGGAACUGAUUUCUUGAUUUAUUUUGAAGCAAUUUGAAUGGAGCCGUCAUCAGAAAGUUUCAAUUCUGGGCAUAAUAAAACCCUUUUUACGGGUACUGUUGGAAAAGAGAAAACUGUAUGGGGACUUCCUGGUGGGACUAAUGCACAUCGUUCAUCUUCUGAUGCUAGCCUGUUUUCGACUUCACUGCCAGUCCUUUCACAUGUGAAAUUAAAUUUUAGUGAAUCUGAUCAAAGUGGCCAAUUACGUGAUGAUGGUUUUCCUAGCCUUGAUCGGCUGCGCAUUGCUGGUGAUGUAAUGGAUCCGCAUGAUUCUACAGAGCAAGGUGCAAUAGGGAACUUUCUUCCUGGCGAUGAAGAUGAACUUUUAGCAGGGCUUAUGGAUGACUUUGAUCUUAGUGGUUUGCCUACCCAACUUGAGGAUUUGGAUGACGAUAUUUUUGGAAGUGGAGGGGGCAUGGAAAUUGAACUGGAUCAAGAGAAUCUUGUCAAUGGUGUAUCAAGGCUGGGUUUGUCUGACGGUAUUGGUAGUGGCAGCAUUUCUCAUUAUGGCUUCGUAAAUGGUGCUGGAGCUAUCAGUGGUGAACACCCGUAUGGAGAGCACCCGUCAAGGACUUUAUUUGUUCGAAACAUUAACAGCAAUGUGGAGGACUCUGAACUUCGGUCCCUCUUUGAGCAAUAUGGAGAUAUCCGAACUCUGUACACUGCAUGCAAGCACAGGGGAUUUGUGAUGAUAUCAUACUAUGACAUCCGGGCUGCUCGAACUGCAAUGCGUGCAUUACAGAAUAAGCCCUUGAGAAGAAGAAAGCUUGAUAUUCAUUUUUCGAUUCCAAAGGACAACCCAUCUGAAAAAGACAUUAACCAAGGAACCUUGGUAGUGUUUAACUUAGAAUCUUCUGUAUCGAAUGAUGAACUUCGCCAAAUAUUUGGAGCUUAUGGGGAAGUUAAGGAGAUAAGAGAAACACCCCACAAAAGGCACCAUAAGUUCAUCGAGUUUUAUGAUGUUAGAGCAGCUGAGGCAGCACUUAAGGCUUUAAAUAGAAGUGACAUAGGUGGGAAACGCAUAAAGCUUGAGCCCAGUCGGCCUGGUGGAGCACGCCGGAGUUUAAUGCUGCAACUUACUCAAGAGCAGGAGCAAGAUGAAGCUCGAACUUUUCGCCAGCAAAUUGGAUCACCCAUAGGGAACUCCCCUCCUGGCAUCCUAAUUGACGGUAGCUGGCCAAGUUAUGGCAGCCCGGUUGACCAGAAUUACCUGCAUGGUUAUAGUCAGGCGCCUACUUUAGGACAGCUCAGCCCUGUAGGAAGCAAUCAUGUGCCUGGCUUGGCUUCUAUUCUCCCUUCUCAUGCAUCAAGUCCUGUAAAGAUUGCACCAAUCGGAAAAGAUACUGCAAGAAUAAGUCCUGUGAACACAGACAAUGCAGUGCAUGCGGCCGCCUACCAGAAACAUUUUUCUGCCACAGAUUCAUCGAAGUUAAGUUCAAGUCCUGGACAUGCUGCAUUUAGUGAUUCAAAGGCAUCUAGUGUUGGAACUCUUUCUGGUCCUCAAUUUCUCUGGGGAAGCCCGACUAUUCACUCAGAAAACAUCAAUUCUCCUUCAUGGUCGUCAUCAUUGAAAGGGCUUCCAUAUGCAUCCCGAGGACAGGGUAUUGGCUUUCCAUACAACAGUCAGCAUGGCACUUUUCUUGGUCCGCAUCAUCAUCAUGUGGGAUCUGCUCCAUCUGGUAUUCAACUGGAACGGCAUUUCGGCUUUUUCCCUGAAUCAGUGGAAUCAUCAUCCUAUAAAAACCAGGCAACAUUUGGAGUUUCAAAUUAUGGGCCCAAUAAUGGAAACCUCGCUGUGAAUAUGGGUCGCCCUGGGGCUCUGAAAAUGGGUGUUGCUUUUGCUGGAAACUUCACUGAAAGUGGUUCCCCUAAUUCUCGAAUGAUGCCAAUGUCGAGAAAUGGUCCUAUGUAUUUUGGGAAUGGUUCUUUUGGCAUCAUGGGAGAUGGACUAAUAGAUCGAAGUCGAAGUAGGAGGACUGAUGGUGGAAGCCAGGUGGACAACAAGAAGCAGUAUCAGCUUGAUCUGGAAAAAAUUGUCAACGGCGAAGAUAUCAGGACCACUUUGAUGAUAAAAAACAUUCCCAACAAGUACACAUCGAAAAUGCUGCUUGCAGCUAUUGAUGAGACGCACAAGGGUACAUAUGAUUUUCUUUAUUUGCCCAUAGAUUUUAAGAAUAAAUGCAAUGUUGGGUAUGCGUUCAUCAAUAUGGUGUCCCCUGCCCACAUCAUCACUUUCUAUGAGGCAUUUAAUGGGAAGAAAUGGGAGAAGUUCAACAGUGAAAAAGUUGCUUCCUUGGCCUAUGCAAGAAUCCAGGGAAAGACUGCUCUUAUCUCGCAUUUUCAAAAUUCGAGUUUAAUGAAUGAAGACAAGCGAUGCCGGCCAAUUGUUUUCCAAUCUGAGGGGCAAGAGAUUGGUGAUCUGGACCAUGUCCCAUCUGGCAAUCUGAAUGUGUUUAUACGUCAGGCGGAUGGAUCUUAUGCAGGCGACUCUCUGGACAGCCCAAAGGGUGAUCUGGAUGAGAAGCUAUGAGAAGCUAACUGUGCUCUCGGUGAAUCUUAAUAAGCUUUGAAGGGAAGCGAGUAUAUGCUAACUUUUGUAUAGUUUGUCUUGCGUAUAAUUGUCGGUGUUGAUAGUAAUCCUGGAUUACCUAUCUAUAUAUAUAUAUAUAUAUAUAUUUAAUGCACUUGUGCCUGGCGAUGUCUGCUUUUUGUGAUGGGAACGUCGUAGCUCUGGUGGAGAAGGGGGUCGGGUCGGUCUAAUGAGGGUUGCCAUUAUAUGCGCGUCAUAUUGUCGUCGCAUCAAGAGGAACAGAGAACAAAGCUAAGGAUCUGCUGAUAUGUUUUGUCCUGAGUUUUCUUCCAGGCUCUUUUGCCUGCAAUGCCAAAUGUAUAGUAGUUUUCAGUGCUCGGUGAGGGCCGGAUUUAUGUAUAGACAAGACAGACAGACAGACAGACUGUCGGUACUACUUAAGAAAUGUACAGUAGGCUCUAUGAACAGAUGUGUCUGUGGAUCAUUCUGACCUUGUUUGCCGUCGGAUUGCCCGGAUUUAUGAUGAAUUUGGAUGACAUUCAAUCUAUCUAUUAUCUUGCCAUGCUUGA